AUGAGCGGCUUCUCAAUAGCCAGCACUCCCCAAUGUCCCUCCGGCAUCAGCACUCAGGAAUUUAUUGCGCAUCAGGAUCUUGUGGGAGGGACAUGGCGGCGGUGGCUUUGUAUUCUCACUGAGCUGGGCUCCUCAAAUUUGAACCUCAGUCUCCGGGAUACAACUGUUCUCCUUCGGCGUCUCGCGCUCCAAGUCGGACCACGCUCCGAUUACGACGUUCUGCGAGCGGUACAUACUUAA